CAUAAAUCUCUCUUUGUGUCUCCCAGGUGGAGGAGGAAAGAGGAACGGCCGCAGCAAGAAAUGGAAGGAGAUGCUUAAACUCCCGCACAUCAGUCAGUGUGAGGAGCUGCGCCGCACAAUCGAGAGGGACUUCUCCAGUCUCUGUGAGAAGCAGCCGAUUGGUCGUCUGUUAUUCCGUCAGUACUGUGACACAAGACCGGAGCUGAAGCGCUGCAUCGAGUUCAUGGAUGCUGUGGCCAUGUACCAGCUAGCCCCGGAUGAAAAGAGGAGGGACUGUGGACUGAAUGUUUUAGACACGUACUUUAAUAAUGGGUCAGCAGCCCAUCUGCCCGACAUUCCCCAGGAUGUUAUAGCUCGGUGCCGGGAGAGAUUGGAACAGAGUCCCUGUAAGGAGCUCUUCAAUGACUGCACCAAAAUAGUUCGUGAUUAUCUGAGUGGAGCUCCAUUUUCUUCCUACCAGGAAUCCAUGUACUUCUCUCGCUUCCUGCAGUGGAAAUGGUUAGAAAGGCAACCAGUAACCAAAAAUACCUUCAGGCAUUACAGAGUACUAGGAAAAGGUGGAUUUGGCGAGGUUUGUGCCUGCCAAGUACGUGCCACCGGUAAAAUGUACGCCUGUAAAAAGCUGGAAAAGAAACGAGUGAAGAAAAGAAAAGGUGAAGCAAUGGCACUAAACGAAAAACGCAUUUUAGAAAAAGUUAACAGUAGUUUUGUAGUUAGUCUAGCGUAUGCGUAUGAGACCAAGGAUGCGCUGUGCCUGGUGUUGACACUAAUGAACGGUGGCGACUUGAAGUUCCACAUCUACAACAUGGGAAACUCUGGCUUUGACGAGCAAAGGGCCAUUUUCUACGCUGCGGAGAUCUGCUGCGGCCUUGAGGAUCUGCACCGUGAGAGGAUAGUGUACAGGACACAUCAGAAUUUCCGACUUGGGCCUCGCUGUUCAAAUCCCUGAAGGGGAAACGAUACGAGGGAGAGUGGGGACUGUUGGAUACAUGGCUCCCGAGGUGAUCCAGAACGAGAGCUACACCUUCAGCCCGGACUGGUGGGGGCUGGGCUGCCUGAUCUUUGAGAUGAUCCAAGGCCAGUCGCCCUUCCGCAAGCGCAAAGAGCGAGUCAAGCGGGAAGAGGUGGACAGACGGGUGCGAGAAGACCAGGAGGAGUACUCUGAUAAGUUCUCGGAGGAGGCGAAGGACAUCUGCAGACAGCUCCUGGCCAAGGACCCAAAGGAGAGGCUGGGCUGUCGGGGCUGCGGGGCCAUAGAGGUCAAGCAGCACCCCAUCUUCAGAAACAUCAACUUCAAACGGCUAGAGGCCAACAUGUUGGAUCCUCCCUUCAUCCCAGAUCCUCGAGCUGUGUACUGUAAAGACGUCCUGGAUAUCGAGCAGUUCUCCACAGUCAAAGGCGUGAACCUUGACCCGACAGAUGACGACUUCUACCACAAGUUUGUCACAGGCAGUGUCCCCAUCCCGUGGCAGAACGAGAUGAUUGAGAUGGAGUGCUUCAAAGAAAUCAACAUCUACGAGACUGAUGGGAUCCUGUGCUCAGACCUGGAUGUGAACCGGCCAAACCCUCCUCCAAAGAGAGGCUUCUUCUACCGCCUGUUCAGACGAGAGGCAAGUGCUAGUGCUCCAGCAACUGUCCGAGGGGGUGGGGGCUAAGGUUUGUCUUAAGAGUGGUUACAGUGACGACGAGAUCGAAGAGCCUUCAAGACUUUAAACCACUCUCCUCCACUCGCACCCCUCCGCCGCUGAUCUUCACCACAAACUCCAACCGAGCGAGAAACUUAGGAAGUCAGUGAAUGUCGACCUGUAUUUAUGAGCUGUAUUAAAAGUGUAUUAUAACUAAAGAAAAAAGUAUGAGUUUAAAGAUUUUGUACAUUUGCACUUGAAUUUAUGUCUAGAUGUAUAUUUUCACUAAAGGUUGUAUUGUACAAAAAGCCAUAAAAGUACCACUUGAAUGCAUACAAAAUGUUUUUAUUUACUUUUUUUAGUUUUUAUUUUAAUUUGGAAUGGGUAUAAAUAAGGUGUAUUAAAGAGUUUCUUUUAAGAAGCACAGCACCAGUCAUCUUUAUAAUUUUUUUCCAUGUUGCAUAAAGCUUUUUUUAUGAUUGUCAUUGAUUUAGCUAACAUGAUGUGUUUUACCAUCAAACUAACAUUUUGUCUCUAAAUACCUGAAGGCUCAAGUAAUUCCUUAAACACGUAGAUUUAAAUGUUAUGGAAGGAAUCUAAUCUAGUCAGACUUUACUGUUUAUGCUGCUUCAGCUUCCCCCAGAUGUUGUCCAGAUGUGUUUUUCAUGGGGAUUUGUCUGAUCAAACGUUGCUUUCCCCUGAACUGGACGGUGGGUUCAGUGAACGCUUUUCUUGGUAUCGGGUCCGGCCUAGAUUAAUUUUUUUAUUUUUCUCCACACCUGCAACAGUGACGUAAAACACACAAAACAAACACCUGAGAGGCCCUUUGUCUGUCUCACAACUUGUGAUGAUUAUCUCUCAUUUCUGAAACUUUAGACACGUCUCCUGAGCUGCAGCAGACAUGAAACAUGAAUUUUAGGAUGCUCGACUGUUUCCGAUGGAAGCGCAGCUGCUAGACACACGUCUGUUACACUCUUUUCUUUGUUCAGGUGGGAUGUUUUUGUGUUUUGGUUUCAAUAGUCUGCUUUUACAACCUGUUUUGUCCCAGUGUGGUUUAUAUGCAGACCGGAAAUAGCUCUUUUUGUGGUUUGCUGGCCUAGUUUUUCAGAUUUUUCUCUGAUUUAAUAACUGGAAAAUUUAGCUAUUUUUUUAAGGAGGGACCCUUUUAUAAAGAGUUUAAACAUUUACAAAACAUUAAUAAUCAUUUAUAAACAAGGGAAAAAACUGAUUUUUUUUUUUACCUAAAUAACUAUUUGCCUAAACAAACUGUCUCCAAUCACUCCUCCUGCUCAUGGAGAUAACUUACUGACAAAUGUUUGACACUUAAAAAUCAAUGUUAUGAAUUCAUUAAUACAAAUUCGGCAUUUAUUUUGCUAAAAAGUAAGCCUGCUUCACCGUACGAACGUUUUGUCUAUAAAAUGUCAACUUGCUCAUGAAAAAUCUAUUUUUAAAUCAUUAAAUCCUUUAUAAAGGGGUUCUUUUUAGGAAGUUGUACCGAGUUUUAAAAGCAGAUGGUUUUGUUAAUAAAACAAAGAUACAAAUUAGAAAUGCUUCGAAAUCAAAUCAGUUUUCACAAAUUCAGCUGGCAGCAGUUGAGUCUCGGCACAUUUAGGCCAAUAUAAUGAUACAGAAGUCUGUUUAAAUCGUUUGGCUUUAGUUAAGUUUGUGAUAAAAACAUUAUUGGUAAUUGGUUUCAGUAGAUUUGUUGGAAUGACAGAUAAAUUGUGACUUGUCCUUUCACAACAUUUGUCGUUUCAAGUAAACUAACCAUGAACAAACAUAUUUUUUCUUUCUAUACAUCAUGAUUUUACAUUUUUCUUUUGAGGCAGUUAUUCCAUUCAGUACUUGUUUUAGAUGCUGUGAAUACCUCACAUGUUUCAUAACAAGCUUUAAUCCAUCAUCAGUUUCAAUGGUGAUACUUUUGUGCCGUUCAAUUUAAAGAUUUAAAUUAGUUUUUGUUUGGGUUUUAAUUUUUCUUCCUUUUUUUUGACAAGAAGACCAUGUUUGCUAUUUUGUCAGAGCAGAACGAUUUUUGGACGUGAAGAUUAUUUAGCUGAAUUCCCAUGUUUUCAAAAGUCAGGCUAUGGUACGCAUAUGGUUUCCAUUUAAAAACAGGAAAACAGAGAAGUAGGCUGUUCUGAAAGUUUGUCUCCUGUGGCACAUUUCAUUAUCAGAAAUCAAUGUGUGCAUCUAGUUGUUGCUGGCUUGUGUUACUUGGGUUUCUGUAUCUUUGUAAAAAAAAUCUAUAUUUUGCUCUCAGGCACAUUUUUAAGCAGAUUUCACUUAACAUGUAGAUUUUUUGCCUUUUAGUGCUCUAGCCUCAAAAACCCUUGUAAAUGAUGUAUUUCUAUGUAACUAAGCUCUAACACGUACUCACUUGUUCUCACAGGGAACGUAUACUGUGUCCACCACCCAUUGCCUUCUGUCAUUGUUUUUAAUGAGCUCUUCUCUUGUACAAUCCAUACAGCAGUGAAGAAGUCCUGUUUCAUUGCACUAUGGUGUGUUUUGACAAUGACUAUGAGAAGUGUCUUUAACUUUUUUUUUAUUCUUGCCAAUGAAACCAAAAGCAUCUCGCUAAAUUUAAAACUUUUGUUGACUAAAAGAAUCUGCUCAAGAAAGACUGACAAGCCUUUAUUCUGUGUGCCAAGUUAUUUUCUGACAUCCUGCCUUUUGUUUAACUUCCUAAACUGUCCGUCCACUGGUUGAAAGUCCUUCAUGUAAAAAAAAUAAUAAUAAUAAAAAAGGAAAAAAAAAUCUUUAAACAGCUCAACUGUUUUGAAUGUUCGCACUAAGUGCAUUGUAUUGCCUGUUUAAAAAAAACCUCUUUUUAUUACUCAAGCAUGUAUCAGAUUGUAAUACUUCAGGAUCCUUGUAUAUGUAAAAGAUGACCUUCUAGUGCCAACAUAUCUUACUGGUAUUUUGAGGACAACUUUAUGAAUGACAAGGUGCCCAUCUGAGUCGGCCUGGUUCGGACARCAAACAUUCCUCUUCUCCGACGUGCUGCUGGUGAGCCGAGCGGGUCGGCCCUCACCGGCAGCGCAUAGAUAUGGAAAAUCCUCACUUCCAUCAUCACUUGAAUAUAGUUUAGGUUUAUAGACGAGUACAGGUUAGGAGGUUCAGAAAAGUUUCAUUUCUGUAUGAUAUUUUCAAUGAAGGGAAGACAGACGAAUUAUUGGUAUUAAUCUAGGCCUAGAACUUUUUCCUUUUCUGGGUUUUUUCUUCCUUUUUUUUUCAAAUCUGUACAGUCAUGUUGUUCAACCACUGCAGUCAUUGUUAAUUCUUGUACAAGUUGUAUCACUGGUUGUUGUACCAUAUCUGACAUUUGUAAUUAUGAAAUAAUACACUGCCAUUUGUAUUAAAAAAAUAAAAUUUG